GUAAUGUCUUUACUUUAUCUUCCAUCCAGUUGAUCAGUCUUCUUCUUUCAUGUUCGCUAUAAAAACAUGCUCCUUAUUCUUUCAGAACAGCAAAAGGAGCACUUAAAGUUCCUGACAUCAUUGGAAUUCGAUGUAGUCCUCGAGUUUGCUCGAAUUUCCCUGGAUUCUAUUCUAAAAGGCUCUUCUAAUCCCAAAAUCUUCCAGGCGGCCGCCCAGAAGCUUGGCGUUGAAGUCAACACGGUCAAAAAUGGGAUUAGCGGCUUGCAACAUGUCUUAACAGAGAGCUCCCGUUUGAUGAUUGGCGAGAUUGACUUUCAGGACUCCGUCAUGACGCUCGGUUUCUCCGAAGAAGUAAUUGGGGCAUUGCUGAAGAUGUACUUGGAAAAUCGAAAAGAAAUUAGGAACAUAUUGGGAGAAAUGAGCUUUGGAACACCUCAUUAUCACGAUCUCGAGUGGAGAUUCGAUGUGGAGCUGGCCAGCAGAUCACUCCAGCAUCAAACAAAUCCUGUGAUUAUUAUGAGGCUUCAUACCAAGGAAGGAGAAAAGAAAAGUGCGGACGUUCUUCAAACUGAUCCUGUAAACCUUCUUCACCUCACCUCUGAGCUGGAAAAUGCCAUGCAAGAAAUGAAGACUGCACAUUGCCGAAGAAUUGUUAGGAAUAUAAAAUGAACCAUGCAAAAGAGCAUGCAGUUAAUCCUAGGCGAAGUUAACAGGCAUUUAUUUCAUCAUAAUAUUACACUUAACCCUCUGAUAGGAUGGUUACCAUUUGACCAAAAAUUCUGAGAAGUUUCUGGGAAUUUUUGUUAGAAGGUCACGUAUGUAUUGAGGUACCGGUAGUCUAAACAUACCAAUUGUUAUGAGCCAUCGGAAAUGUUUGUACCCUUUGUUUAAUUCUCUUAUUGCCAGUCUUCCAUCAAUGGAAAACAAUGAGAAAAAGAAUUAUAUAAAUAGAUUAUUAUAAUUAUAAAUGAUAACUGCCCUCUCUAUUGGCUGUUUUGCUAAUCUGGGUAAAAUGUUUACUUUGGUUACCGUUAUUCAAUAGGUAGAAGAUGCCUGAAAUUUUACCCCUGAAAAAUCAUAGUCAGUGUCGUUUAUCAGUGAUCCACAUAUUGAACUGUACUCAAAUGGUUGUUCCAACCGAGUAUAAACACGGAAUAAAUCUUUGUAGGGCAACGUCAUCUGUGUCUUGUUCUUUGUUGCAAAUCUCUGAUUUUUCUCUUGGGAAAUAGACUGAACACAAGGAAAGCCAUGUAUUAUUUUACUUCAUAAUUAUGUAAUAUGGGACGUUAGAGAAUGUAUCUCAGUGUCUCUUUAUGGAACAUGUUCUCUGGUGAUUGUAAAUCUAGAGCUAGUGUGAAUCACUGACUCGAGUGCCUAUUUACAGGAUCUUUAAUGACGUUGUCUUGACUCGAAAGUUACACUGUAAAUGAAAUAAUAAUAGUAAACUCCAAUCUCUGUUGACUACUGAAGGUAAUUUAGAAUAAUGAUUUUGAAGCCAUGCUUUUCUUGAUUACCAAGUUUUAAAUCAAAAUGUUUAGAGAAAUCCUGCUGGAGAUUAUUAAUCCCCAUUCUUGGCCAUCCUAGUUGUGCUCUUGAUUUAGUACCUCAUUUUUGUUUUCCUUAAACUAUAAUUUUGAGGUUUGAUACUUUGUAUGCGGCAAAAUGGGAAUAAAUAAUGAACAUCUGA